CUGCGAUUUCGGGUUUCUUUGUACCGGACUUUAGGCUCUUUACGGACCUGAAUCUAGCAUGGUGUCUGUUAUUUCCAUAUUGUUUUGCAGCUUGUGUGGCGCAACAGUUUUGGCUGUAAUAGUAUUCUGGCUGUGUUAUCUCCGCAGAAAGAGGAAUUACGAACGGAUAAAGUCAACGAAAAAGGUAGCCCAGUUAGUUUUUCCUCCAUCAUUUAACAGCAUUCACAAGAGUCUCCUGAGAAAUUUCAAGUUAAAGCAGCAUGGCAUAGCUUUCAUAGAAUGUUCUAAGACCGAAGUUGAGCAAAAUAAGCCACUGGUGGUGUUAUGCAUUCGCAGCACAAGAGUGCAGGAUACCUGUAAUGGCGCAAUGGAAGGAAUUCAAGCGUCAUGCAAGGUUGCGUUGGUAGUUUUUCACAAAACUGUUGGAAGUACUACGAUGGAGGAUGUCCAAAACAUUGGCUACCAGCACGAGGGUGUGAAAACAACUAUUCACGUUGGAUUUGAUGACAAGAGGUGUUAUUUUACCGCAAAGAAUACAAACGCGAUAUUGUCGUUCUGCAUAUAAAAUAAAGAAUGAUAAAGAAGAUGUUCAUGAUUAUAUAACAUUAGAUGUGUCGUGGCAUAGCUACAUAUCACUCUCAUUAAAACAGUUUUUGGUUUCAUGAAAUUGAAUGAUGAUUAUUUGCUGCCUAUAUUUAGUGCAAAGAACUUAAAGUUUACAUCUAAAUAUUUGUAUAAGUACUUUUACAGGUACACAUGCGAACUGCAUGUUUUGUGGU